AGUGCCAAUAUGGACGACUGGUGUCUUCAGAGCCUCUCACUUACCAAUACAUCAGCAAUCCAGGAUGUAUCAGGGGAGAUUGUAGAAGAGAGUGUGGGGCGUAGCGGCGGAGAGGGUGUUUUCGUUUGGCUGUAACAUGAUACCAGUAACGGGAACACAGCUAUGGGACAGUAGACAUAUCCUUGAUUUCAUGCAUUUCGGCGGUAACGCUAUCUGGCUCACUGCUAGGACGACUAUCAAAAAAGGAUGGGUGGCGCAGAAUAAAUGAAUGAAGGCGAAUGAUUUUGGAAAAACUAGCAGCAAUUGACAGAGAAGUUGCGCAGGCUACAUAGCCCAGGGCUAUCAUAAUAGCCUCGUAAACCGUUUUGCACGGAGAUGCAUUCACGUCAACAGCAUCAUGAAGAAGGUGACAUAUGGCGUUUAUGUUUGUGUUGUGUCUACGUUCCUACAUUGUCUUAGAUAACACAGUGACACGGCGUUCACAGCAAGAUUUGUAGCCGCAUAAGAUCAUUUCAAAGAAUCACUUCAUCGCGGAUCUCAGUUUGGAGGAUUGGCCUAUUUUUACGGUAGGGCGGGGGUGAAAAAUCCAGUAGUACGCUAGUUGAAGUGACCCGUCAGAAUACCGGGAACAUUUUCAGUUGAAUGUAUCGCCCAUUUAACUCAAACAAAAUGAUGAAUUCGAUGGUCUUUGCUGAGGCUUUGUCAUCUUCGGGUGCCGCUAGGUUUCCAGUAGGACCGCCAGCCUCUGGUGCUAGGGUGUCUAGUGCCCUACGGAACGAUUUGGGUUCCAACAUUCAUGCCUUGAAAACCCUUAACCUGCGAUUUCGAUGUUUCCUAGCUAAAGUUCAUGAAUUGGAGCGUAGAAACAAGUUGUUAGAAAAUCAACUACAGGAAGCUUUAGAGCAAUCCCGCUACAGAGCCUACUUUAGCCGAGAACAAGCCACCCAAACGGGAAAUGUGGACUUUUUUCUGGCUCGGCCACGGGUACCCGGUACGAUAUGGAGCUUUACCCAAACAAGGAGGUUUGGGGACCGAAUCGAGACUUUCCACAGCCCCGGGGUGUCAUGGAUGCAGCCGGAUGGUGUUGGAGUUCAAGUCGACACCGUCACCCCUGAACUGCGAGCCCUUUACAAUGUGUUGGCUAAAGUCAAAAGAGAUAGAGAUGAGUACAGAAGAAAAUGGGAGGAGGAGCUGUCUAAGCGCCAGCAGCUGGAGGCCGUGGUGGAGACACUACAGGAGAGUGCCCAGGAGUCUGAAGUGGUUCAGGMGGAGCUCACUGAGAAGGUGGAGAGACUCAAGACAGAGCUGGUGGUCUUCAAGAGCCUCAUGACUGACAAUAAACACCCAACCAACUUUCAAUUGUGRGGACUGGUUCAACUUACUGAAAUGUCAGACUUGGACACUGCGAUCCAGAAGAAGGCCAUGAAGGUGGACAUGGACAUCUGCAGACGCAUUGACAUCACGGCCAAGCUUUGUGACGUGGCGCAGCAACGCAACUCAGAAGACAUGAGCAAGAUGUUCAACAUGAGCCCACACAUGAGCCCCUCCAGAGCACCCCCAGAGAGCAAAGGGGCUGCAUCUUGCAGGAGGAAAGAGCGUAAGGCUGUCUACGAGGAGAGGAGUCCUGAGAUUGAAACUGAGUCUGGUGGUGGAGAGGAGGAUGAAGAGGAGAAGGAGCAGGUCGUAGAGUCACUCAACAUCACAGACGAGAUGAAACGCAUGCUCAAUCAGUUAACUUGCUCAGAUGAUAAUUCCUUUGUCACCAGGAGAGAGACGUUUGACUUUGAUGACGACUGUGACAGCCUAACUUGGGAGGAGAAUGAGGAGACACUGCUCCUCUGGGAGGACUUUGCCAACUACAACACCCCCUGUGCUGCAGCCAGUGCUGCUGCAGCAGAAGGACAGGGGGAGGGCCCUGGGCAGGCCUCUCAGGAUGGCAGUUUGGGCAGCCUGAUCGACGAGACCGAGAUGCUCUUCCAGAACCGAGAGAAGGAGUACCAGGAGACCAUGGGUCAAAUAGAGUAUGAGUUGGCUACAGCUAAGAGUGAUAUGAACCGUCACCUACAAGAGUACAUGGAGAUGUGUUCUAUGAAGAGAGGCCUGGAUGUGCAGAUGGAGACCUGCAGGAGACUCAUCAAGGGCUCAGGGGGCACCGGCAGGAACUCUCCAUCGUUCAGCUCGGUAGCGAGCAGCGACUCAGGGAACAGUGAUGAGAUCCAGGAGGAGCUGGAGAAGGACGGAGAGGCAGUAGGAGGGGUCAGCUGAUAACUGACCCUUGACCCUCCGGCCCCUGGCUACCCCACCACCUGACCCAGAGAAGAUGAUGGAGGAAAUGCCUUUGUUCCUCAAUGCUGUGGUCCCCCUUUUCUUCAGCAGGUUUCCAGUUGAUCUAAGAGGAGCCCUGUGGAAUCUAUUGGUGCUUCACCGGUUUACCCACAUAGGGAUGAACUUGUAUUCCACAAUAAGGUGCAGUGUUGGUUCCUCCUCACUGCUCCUCAUUGGCCUACCACUGAUCAGAGGGGUCACCCCUACUAAACACAAGUAUCUCCACACACACUCAACUUACUGUACACCUAUGGUCAUUUUACUGUGUAUUCACCCCAGUAUUCAUCCUAACCAUGUU